CACAGACUGAACUUUGGGGUACCUGGUCCCUUCCCACCAGUUGCAUUGAGUCGGUGUUAGAACAAGACACAACCGUGAAAGCAAUUUGAAAGAUGAGUACCCGCAUAAAUGAACGAGGAGUUGAGGAGACAUACUUUGAAGGACAGCAUCUGAGCUUGUCUGACCUAAAAGAGGAAGAAAUAUAUCACGCGUACCUGUUCAAGAACAACAUUCCUGCUUAUCCUGAAUCUGUGGAAUUCGAUGUAGAGAAGGUGUCUCAUGUCACUGGGAGACGUGGUCUUGAAGGUAUUUUUGAGGAUUCGGGAUUCAAGGCAUCAGACACAUCCUAUUUCCUCUGGUGGAAUUUGUCAGUCACAGCUGAUGACAUCGACUCAGCAGAGGAAAGGUUUCUGAACUCAUUGUUUCCUCAUACCCGAAUUCGCAACCAGAUUCCCUUCCUUGAGCAGUUCACCACCUCAAAGGCCUUCCAGAAAGAGUCUCCCUAUGGAAAUUUCCGCUUCACAUUCUCAAUAAGAGAGCUCCUGUACCACUAUGGUGAUCAGUUCUGUCCCGGCCACAGUCCAGUUCUCCGUGUUUUUGAGACUGUGUUGUACAAGCAAGAGAUUCUUUACAGGAUCAUAGUGCAUCCUCGUAGCAUUACUCUUUAUAACAAUUAUCCUCGGCUUCCUAAUGAUGAUGAUGGGGUGUGUGGGUACGCUAAUGGGUCCAUAUGGUGGCGCUGUCAGGCCCCUUCUGAAACCUACAUGAAUAGGUUUAAAGUAAACUGGAGGCGUGGCAGUGUUCAUGUUAGUCCUCGUAAUGAACAUUAUUAUGUGUGGGAUCAGGUGUGUGUAGCCUUCCACAUGGAGCCUGGUUGGGUGUUGCAUGUGAAUCGGGACAAGCUAAUUAAAAGAGUGAAUGUGUGUGAAGUGUCUGGACCCUGUCUCCUAAGACCCCCGGAGACUCCACUGAGUUUACAUAGGGCUGAGAAUAUUCUUUCCAAUUUUUAAAGCCAGGAAGGGCUGUGCUGGGGCUUGGGAUUAGGCAGUCCGCAGAUGAUGCAGAUAUUACAUUCAAAUUAAAAGAAACAAAGUAACAAAGAAAAAUGAUGUAACACGUGUUACAGUGUAAUUUUAUAUUUAAGUACAGAGUAAUAAAAAUGAACUACAUGUACUUACUAUAGGGUUAGGAUUAGAGUUUGGUUUAGGAUUAGUUUCAUGCAAUUAUUCAUAAUUUAUAGUUAAUACGUGUAACAUGUAUCAUCUUGAUGCCAGUAGAUGGCAGUAACAGUGUUUUAUAGUACUAGUUUGUAAUUUUGACAGGCUUAGUGCCAUUUUACUUUUCAUUAAUGAAAAACAUGAGACCAUGUUUGUUGAUUUGUUGUUUAACUAUUCUUUCAAACGGUUAUUUAAGUUUUCUAUAAAAAAUGCUAAGCAUCCUUUCCUUAUAUUGGUGGUGACUCCUUUUUGAGAAUGCAAACUUUUGAAAGGUCACCUAGGGUUCACAGAGAUAACCAGAUCAAUCACCUUCAGCUGACCCAAUGAUAAAAGUGACAAAGAUCCUGUUGAAGAGGUCACCAUUUAGUGUUGUAUAUAGGCUUGUAAUCGCUAUGUCAGUUAUAUGGAAGCCACAAUCCACUUCAAAUGUCUGUUUUUUAACCCUUUCAAUGAUGUGUUUCACUCUGUCUGUAUAAAUAAAAGCUUUUA